GACGAUGCAGGAAAACAGCAAGAUGGAGUUGACCGAUCCCACAAGCUGCUCGAGCAGCAGGGACCAAAGAGCCAUUAACAGAAACAUCAAGCGCGGCCAUGACUCGCCGUCCGUGAUCGCGGCCGGGAUCACUACAUGCCCAACAAAACGGAGACGCGAGACUUUUGACGAAAUGUGGCAACGCAGGAUUAAGAGAGAGGUAGAGCUAUGGCUCGCGGAGGCUACUGAUGAGGAGGGAGACUGCCAUGACCUUCCCGACCGAGUCGUUCUCCCUUACCAGGAGAAACCAUUCGGCCAGUUUUUCAUGGGCGAUGACGGCGAGCUGGCCCUGUUUGCUGCCGGAGCCGCUCCAAGCGUGCCUGACAGCGUCGUCUCGCUUGCUUUGUUCGAUGGAGAUGUGAUGUUGUUCGCAUGCUCGGGGGUAGCUCUGCCACAGGAGGCCGGGGCUGCAGGGAGAAACCUAACUAUAUUUCUCACCUCGGCACGUCUGGUUAGAGAAUUUAUUGACAAGAGAAACAAAGAUGAUAAAUUAAGGGUUGAGGUGCGCCUUCCUGAUAAUAGAGCUACCGAUGGCUUCUUGGGACUAUAUGAUGACCAUAUUGCGAUUGUCACGUCCUUCGACUACCUCACUACCAAUCCUGUAGAUCUCAAUCAUCAGUCACCUAGCCAGCCUUCUACUAGUACUCUUACCAGACAAAUGAUAGCUUUUAGGCGUGCCUUCAACUCGGGCAAAUUGAUGGCACAAGAGCUGACACCGGUUAUUUCUAUUGUCAGUGAUGAUCUUGAUCAACCUCGCGAGGUCCUUUUUCCAGAUUUCACAGAGGCUGCAUUUGGAGGGCCACUUACUGAUGCUAAUGGUAAAUUUCUUGGGGUGAUACACGAUCAUGUUCAUGACAUGGAGAAGACAUCGUUUCUACCGCUAACGUUUCUUCGUCUACGCUUAAAGCAUUUUGGGAUACUCAUGCAAGAUGACCGAGAUACAACUGAGGUAGCAGGUGCACGAUCUCUUAAGACCACUACAAUACACACAGUUUUCUUUGCGGACAUUCUUUUCCCGGCCUCAUCUUCUCCUCCAUUUCAGAUUGCUACAUAUAUCAACCACUGUGUGCACUGUGCAGAGUACCAUGCCAAUACUAUCAUGGUGCAUAUCAACCUGAACUCAUAUUGA